AUGUUACUUGAUAAAACUGAUCCCUCAAAUCUUUACUACUCCUUACUGGAUCAAGACAAUAAAAGCAAAGAUAGUACUUCUAAUAAUCAGCAGUAGUAGUAAUUGCAUCAAUCCCCCAUUAACAUUGAGGAUUCUUAUUAAUAGCUGGACCAGGAAUAAACUUAGCAUAGAUAAGAUAACAUUCAAAGAAUGCAUUAUUAAAACAAGAGCUAAAACAUAAACUCAGAGAGUCAAAUUAAUAGCCAGAUGAAUCUUGGAGAAUAGUUCACUUUCAACUCUUAAAAGGAGGUGUCAGGAAUUAAUCAUGUAGAUUUAGGUGCAUAACCUACUUUCCUGUUUUCAGAAGACUAAAAGUCCUAGAAUCAAGAAGAAAGAAUGCAAAUAAUACAGACAUUAAACUAAAAUAUCUAAAAGAAAAGAAAGAGACUUUCAUGGUCUCCAGGUGUCAUGGUCUAAAGCUAUUAUCCUAACUAAAGAAUAGUAUAGGGCUAUCCUUUUCCUGAAUAAAUAAAUCACCAAUACCUGCCAGAGGAAGAAGCAGAAGAUGAAGAGGAUAUGAUGCAAGAGGAGUAUAAUUAAACAUAAGAAGAACAUGGCGAGGAUAGAAUUAUGAGCUAUGAAAAUCAGAAUGAUCAAAUGAGAUUUGUUAAUAUGCGUUUUCAAGCUAAUCAUAUUUAAUUUCCUACAUAAGCACACCAUAAUCAUUACAAUCCUGAACUCAAAGGCUAGCUCAAAACUUAAUUGCGCUUAAAUCUUGAUCAUCUCGAAGAUAAUGAACUUGGCUUGAGUCCUCAUUCAAUUAAUCAUGCUUAGGACCCUCACUAAAGUCUUGGAGAAUAAAAUUUCCAAAAAAUGAUGAUAAAGAGUAGCCAUUAAAGCAUACUAGAUGACCCUACUUAGAGUAUAUUUUUAAAAUAAAGUUCAAUGAUUUACAUGAUUUUCAUGGCGCUUUGUUCCUGGGAAUAUACUUAACAAGUAACUCAGUUAGCUUCUAAACUGUUAUGA